AUGAAUGUAGUUGAUGAGAAAAGUAUGUUAAAGGGAUCAUUGUGUGGAACUGUUGCUGAAAAGAAAUUUUUGUUAAUCAUGCAGAUGGAUGUGCACUUAGAUAUAAUGUUCCACCAUGGGGGAAAGUUUCAGAAAGAUGAAAAAGGGAUGACCAUAUAUUCUCCUGAUAAGAAGGCAUGCGUUGGGGACAUUGAUGUAGAUACUUUAGAUGUUUUUUGGGUGAGAAAUUAUUAUAAGGAACUAGGAUAUGAUAGGAUAGGAGAAUGUUGGUGGCAUGUGCCAGGGAGGAGUUUAGAAAUUGGGUUAAGAACUCUGAAUUGUGAUGAUGAGCUGAGAGAGAUGUGUUUCAUGGGUGAAAAGAAUGAGGGGCUGAUUGAUGUUUACUUUGAGCAUGCAGUUUCAACACCAGAAAUUCUUGAGGAAAAUGAGAUUGUGGAGUAUGUUGAGGGUGACCAUGAUGAUUUGAGAGAGGUUAGUGAUGAAGCUGACCAUGAAUCCCUACAAGAUGAAACCCCAAACCCAGCUAAUAAACCCACUACCCCUGCUGAUGAGACUCCAUUCACCAAGAACACUGAACCAAUGCAUAAUACCUCACCACCCAAGACCACAGAACCAACAGAUCCUGGUGCUAAUAACCCAACAACCCAAAACAGUAAUCCUACUACCACACCCAACUCUAAUCCUAGCCAAGCUACUACUGCAGAGCCUGUUACCACUACUCCUCCAGUUCCCCCAAAACUGAAACCCAAUUCAAAUGUCAACCCAAACCUGAAAGCCAAUACUACAUCAUCACAUAAGGCCACUGCCAACCCGAAGAAUGCCUCUAAGCCCAAGCCCAAGCCCAACAAGAACUCUGUGUCUAAGCCCAAACUAAAGCCAAAGUCCAAAAUCAGAGCUAAAGCCUAUUGCACAAGGUCUGCUUCACAAGUGAGGACUAGGAAGCAACAUGAGAAGAAAAAAGAAGUGUUGAGGUUGUCUUCUUCUGAAGAUGAACACACCACAGAGGACAGUUCAUAUGAUCCUAGGAGAGAUGAUAGCUCAACUGAUGAUGAUGAUGUUAAAAAAUGUGAGACCAAGAGAAGAGAGCCUGGCUCGAAGCAUGCACCUGCUGAGGGACUAGCAAAGUCUAAGAGGAAGUUUCUUAACGAUGAUGUCGCAUUGGUGGUGGAUGAUGAGGAGUGUGAUGUGGAGUUGAGUUUCUUAGAAGUGCCUGUGACCGGAGAUGAAAAUCUGGACAACUCAUAUGAUCCUGGAGCAGAGUCUGAUGGUGCCAACUCUUGGCACUCCGAGGAAAUGAAGACUCCUCCUCCUUCGGAUGAAGAAUUUUCUGAAGAAGAGCCAGAUGAUGUAUUCCCAGUAUUUAGAGAUGGUAUUCGAUUCGGGGAUUUAAAACUUGAGGGGCACACAAAGAGGGGUUGUCCAAAAAAGAGAGCAGCUGAUAUUGCUCAAGCUCUUGCUGAUGCAGCUGCAGCUGCUGCUAAGACAAAGCCCACUGAACAAGCACAUACUGAAGCUCCUCCAGAUGCACCUGCUCCGGCUCCUCCAGAAGCACCAUCUCAAGCUGCUCCAGAAGCCCCUGCUCAGCCACCUGCACCAGUUGAGAUCGACCUCUCCCAGCAAAACUACUCUGAUGCACAACAGUCCCAACAUAGUCAAGAGGAUCCACCUGCGAGGCCAUCCAAGUUGCAGACAAGAAGGAGGUCCUCCACACCACCAUCAGGCUCGAUUACUGUGGAUCCACUACAAGGAGCAAGCUCAGCCACAUCUUCAAGACUAGCCAACUUCCUCAAAUUUGUCCCAACACCUGGCUUCAAGCCACCAAGGAAGAAGAAAUGA